AUGUGUGAAAGCAGUAAGAAGGACUUGGUAAGUGAUGCCAAGUCAUUCCUUGACAGCCUGGGGAACGUAUUUGUAUUAAAGAAGCGGGAUGCCCAGAGUAGGCACCUGCUGAGCCAAGCCAAGACGCUGAUCGAAGCCCUCCUGGCUGAGAAUCAGCGCCUUUCAUCCGGAGGUGGCACCCCAAGGAUCGGCCGCAGUGGCGGGAGUAUGGGCCAGCUGUGGGUGAAACUGGACGAGAUGAAACGAGAAAACGAAGAGCUCAAAAGGCAAUUGGGUAAAAGCCAUGAAGAACGUCCAGUAACUGGGAAAUCGCAAGGCCCAGGUGAAGUAAUCAUCUCCGAACUUCAUAAGAGCAAGACAGAGAACAGCUCUCUGCGGGCCGAGCUGGAGAAGGUGCAAAAGACUGUACAGGAGAUGCAUACCAUCAACACAAACCUUCAGGAUGAGUACAAGAGGCUGAAGAUUUCCUUGGAUGCUGCCAACCGUUCAUUGGAGAAUUCCCGACGGGAGUACAAGUCCAUGGAAACUAACCUUAAUACAGCUAAGUCUGAGAACGAAGCGCUAAGACAAAGGCUGUGCAGUAGUCCCGCCAAAGCUGUGAUUCGUCGUGACAACCGUCAGUUCGAAAAUAUUAAUGAACGAUGCCGGCCGUCUGUGAUCGCUAUGAAAUACGACACCCUAGAAAGUCAGGAGUGGGUGGACGCCAAAGAAAGUCUAGAGGACACAACUAACAGAGAUGAAGAGGAAAUUGUUAAAUUCCUUUGUUUUAUGCUUAUGAAAACAUUUGAGGCAUCCCAAAGUGUGUAUGAUAAACUUCAGUCUACAGUUAGUGUAUUACUGAAACAUCCCACACUGGCGGAAUCAGUCGGCCAGAACGGAUUGCCUCCCGUAAAACAGGGUUUGACAGAUGACCUCAGAGACGGAAUUUUGAUGGCUCUUCGUCAGAACUUUGACGAAAUUGAGACAUCUGCUUUCGUCAAGAUUGCUGUCGCUCUGGCUCAAAAAUCAGGAGAAUUCCCCUACUUUGUGUCGUCGUGCCUGGAGAACAAGACUCUGAGUCGCUACCUGCACGAAUGUGCGCGUGUCACGUGGCAGAUGGUGAUUCAGACUCCAGCUAUGUGUCUGACGACCAACGACACGGUGUUCAAUGUCGAUCGACACCGGCUCUGGUGGUCAUGUGACAAAGGCGAAAAGAGCAACAUCAACUUCUUCGUGUGGCCCGCCCUUUAUGAUUACGAGGAAGGUGCACUGAUGGUCAAGGGUUGUGUCCACGCUAGCUAA